AUGGUAGCAGCAGACGAUGCAAUUCACAUUCUAGCACAACUGAUGGUACGGUUGUUGUUGUUGCUACAACUGUCACCGCCAACUGCGAUUUACUGUCAAUUCAAUCCUCACUUUGUUAAUCCGACGGAACGUACGGCAAUCGUUCACUUGUUUGAGUGGACGCACGCUGACGUCGAAACGGAAUGCCGGCAAUAUUUGGGACCAUCCCGGGGGUUUGGUGCCGUACAGCUGUCCCCCGUCAACGAGGUUCGCAUCCUACCGAAUCGAUCGUGGCGCGAACGGUAUGAGCCGAUUUCCUACAAGCUUGCGGGUCGUUCCGGUGAUGAGGAACAGUUUCGCUCGAUGGUGCGCGUUUGCAACAGGGUCGGAGUGAGGGUGUACGUUGAGGUGGUGCUGAAUCAUAUGGCAGGUGGAAGUGGGGCGGUUCGAGGAACCGCCGGAUCGAUUGCCUAUCCGGCGAGUAAAGAUUUUCCGGAUGCUCCGUACGGCGGUGCGGAUUUUAAUGACGCCUGCACGGUGAUAGAGUCGAGUGAAACGCACGAAGUGCGUAACUGUCAGCUCGAUGAUCGACCGGAUUUGAACUUGGGACUGGCGAGAGUUCGACAGAGGAUGGUUGAUUUUCUGAAUAAGUUGAUUGUGAUGGGAGUGGCUGGGUUCAACAUACGAUCAGCAAAGCACAUGUGGCCCUAUGAUUUGAAGACAAUUUAUUCUAAACUGGAAAACUUGAGUACCACAGCCGGGUUUGCUGCCGGUAGUCGACCUUUUAUUUAUCAGGAUGUUGAAGACCUAAGCUCCGAAAGUUUGUUCCGAAAGGACUACAUUUCCCUGGGGAUGGUCUCGGAAUAUCGCUUCGCGUACCAUAUGGGUGCAAUCAUGUUUAAGCGGAAACCAUUUCACUACAUGGUCAAUCUCGGAACGAGACUGGGUUACAUUCCAAGAGAAAAAUCAAUUGUUUUUCUGGACGAUCCGGUUCUUCAACGCGGACAACCUGGCGACGAUGAUCUACCGAGGAUCGUUUCGUACAAGCAUGUACGCUUGUAUAAGAUCGCGCUGGUCUUUAUGAUGGCGCAUCGUUAUGGAACUCCGGUAAUUAUGAGUUCUUACGAUUUUAAGGAUAGCGAGGCAGGACCUCCCAUUGAUGCUAAAGGACACAUAAUGCCGGUCGGAUGGAAUGAGGAAGACCAGUGUAUCGGUGGAUGGAUUUGCGAACAUCGUUGGAAUGUGGUACAAAAUAUGCUUAAGUUUAGAAGUAAAGUUAUCGAUCUUCCGGUCACCAGUUGGGUUGAUAAUGGUCAGAAUCAGCUGGCAUUUUGCAGAGGAAAAGUCGGUUUUGUGGCAAUCAAUGCGGAGAUUUCACUGAGCUUUGAUGCAAAUGUGUAUACGUGCUUAGAGGCUGGAAUUUACUGUGAUAUUAUAAGCGGAAAGGUAGGGGACAAUGAGUGCACCGGAAGAACGGUAUUGGUUGAUAAAAACGGAAGAGCGGACAUUUUUAUUUCCAGUAAUGAGGAAGAACCGUACGUUGUGCUACUGUCUAGCGAAAAGCUUGUGCUUGGAUGAGUCUGCCGAAUAUGGCGGAAGUGGAGCUUAAUUUUUUCUUAUUCACAAUUAUUCAGAAACGGAAACUCCC